AUGGAUUCUCGUCACUUGAACAAGUCUUCGACCGCGACCGACGUGGCAUCGCUUUUUCGGGAGCAAAUCCACGGAAAAACCGUUGUAAUCACUGGCAUUAGUCCGGGUGGUCUAGGUGAGGCUCUUUGCGCAGCACUCGCAACGCAACGUCCCCAUCAUCUCAUACUCACGGCGAGGACUCCCAGCAAAGCACAGGCAGUCACUGCUGCAGUUUUGCAACAAUGCCCGGCACUCAAGGUGUCGGUUGUCGAACUGGACCUUGCUUCGUUCCGUUCGGUGAGAAAGGCCGCAGCGCAUAUUAAGCUCAUAUCCUCCAACGCCGUUGAUGUCCUCAUCAACAACGCCGGUGUAAUGUGCGUGCCCGAACACACGCUCACUGAAGACAAAUUUGAGCUACAUCUCGCCGUCAACUACAUGGGGCCAUUUCUGCUUGCACGUCUACUGGCGGAGCCUCUAGCAGCAGCCAAGGGACGCAUUGUCAACGUCGCGAGCAGCACGCACAUGGUCUCCCCCUUCCGGCUUUCGGACCCCAAUUUUAUCGGGUCCAACACACUGCCGGCUGCCGAGGAACCAUCUAAAGAUGCAAGCGAGGCUAUCGGGGUGCCUUGGACAUGCGGUUAUAGUCCCGUCGUUGCAUAUGCACAGUCGAAAACUGCCACUAUACUGCAUGCCAAGGCCAUUGCGCAUGGUGCACUAAGCAAUUCGGUUCAAGCAUUUUCUGUGAACCCGGGAAUUAUCAGAACGAAUUUGUGGAGGCAUAUGCCUUCCGACGAUGUUGAUCAUAUUCUCGCGUCGCUGCCUACGAAGACAGCAACAGAGGGCGCAUCCACAGUUUUAUUUGCAGCACUUGCACCUAAUUUGAACGACUGCGCCGGCGCUUACCUGGAGGAUUGCGCCGUCUCUCGGCCGGCGCCACACGCAGAGGAUGCGAGUUUGGCCUCGAAGCUGUGGAAAUAUACGGAACAGGUGUUGGACGCGUAA